AUGGGAAACUUCAUCACCCAUUGCUCUACAUUGCGCCGCAUGAACUACGCACAGAAGCUGUUUGAUGAAAUGUCUCAUCCAAAUUCUUUCGUUUGGAACACAAUGGUAAGAGGGUUUCAACAGAAUCAAGAGCCGAGAAAUGCCCUUAUACUUUUUGAGAAAAUGAAGAUGAGGGGGGUGAUCGGGGAUAAGUUUACUUACCCGUUUGUUAUACGGGCUUGUAAUGAUUUGUGGGAGCAAUGUAGAGGGAAAUGUGCUCAUGGGGAGGUGUUGAAAGUUGGGCUUGAGUUGGAUGUUUUUGUGGGGACUAGUUUGAUUGAGUUUUAUAGUGGGUUUGAGAGUAUGCAGUAUGCAUAUAGAGUUUUUGAGGAGAUGGUUGUGAAGGAUAUGGUCGCGUGGACGGCGAUUUUGCAUGGGUUUUUGAGUAAAUUUGGUGAUAUAGAGAGAGGGCGGGAGUUGUUUUGUAGAAUGCCGAAUAAGGAUAUGGUUGUUUGGAAUAUAAUGAUAAAUGGAAUGCACCACAUGUUCAACGUCCGCAAAUUGAAACAAGCAGGGCCUUCCUUGAAUGUUCCAUCUCCUGCUCUUCACCCAGUGACGAACUUCCCUAAACAUCCGCUUGCUGUCAAUCCACAUAAUCCACUACAUGUUCAACGUCCGCAGAUUGAACAAGCAAGGCCUUCCUUGAAUGUUCCAUCUCCAGCUCUUCACUCAGCGACGAACUUCCCUAAACUUCCGCUUGUUGUCGCUCCGCAGAAUGCACAACAUGGCUGA